ACGGUCUGGUACUUGGUUAACGAGAGUUUGGGAGUGGUGUAUUUAUGGAAAGCUUAUGAAAACGAAAGCACUUUACUAAGUUUGUGAUGGCGUCCGCUUGUGAGUCUGAUGAGGAAACUUAUUCUGGAAGCGAAUCAGAGGCCAGCGAUGAUUUAGACAGUGAGCAGCAGUCAGAUUCAGAGGAUGAAUUUCAGGCUUACACAAAACAGCCCUGCAAAUAUUACAACCGUGGUGUUUGUAAGGAUGGGGCCAGGUGCUCCUAUCUGCAUGUCUGCAAGUAUUUUCUAACAGGGAGCUGCCGCUACGGGUCAAGCUGUAAACUAAAUCAUAGUGUGGGUGGAAGAAGAUCAGCUGGGGCGAGCAGCAGGACCGUAGACCAAUACGCAGCAAGCAACCCCCAGCUCACUGAUGGUCGACCCUACCAGUGGCAGAUAAAUGAUGGGAAGGGCUGGAAGGAUGUUGGAAAUGAUCAUAUUAUUGAGGCCCAGUAUUCGCUGCCCCACAGCAAAAGCAUAAAAAUUUACAAUACGCCAUAUGGGGCGGUGAAUAUAGAUUUCAGCAGAAUGAGAGUGUAUGGAAAGAACCUGAGAGUGAGGCGCCUGGAUGAUGGCAACACCAUGUGGUUCUGGUACUGCACCUUAAAUCGGAAGUGGAAGAAGUACGGAGACAAGGACUCAAAAGGCAAUCAAGGUCCAGUAAAAAGCUCCGACAUAGAGAGGAAGUUCCAGAGCGACCCGAAAAGCUCUUUUACUUUCACAUCUGGUGGGGAAACCUUGGAGAUUAAGUUCCCAGAAAUGCAACAGGUGGGGAAAAAGAAAAAGAGGAAAGUCACACGACGACCUUCAUUUAGACUACAACAAGCAGGGAUAGGAGCCACUCAGCUUGUCUUGCCUCUCCAGCGCAUUUCUUUGGGCUCCAAACCACAAUGGAAAUUUGAAGGAGACAGAGGAGCAUGGCAUGACUUCAAACACAGGUCUGGCACUGCGACUGAGUGCUCGGUGACCAGUGAUGAGAUUGAGAGGAAGUACCAGCAAAACCCCACAGACUGCAUGAUGUUUAAAGUAAAGGGGCAAUCCUACAAGCUGGACUUUAGAGCGAUGACUCAGAUAAACGAGAAAACCAAGCAUACGCGCCGGAUCAAACGAGUGCUGGUGUGAGCAAUAAAGAUGGAGCCACUUUUCAGAAGCCAGAGAAUUGUGCAAUGCUGCUUUAGAUCAGGAAUGGCUCUAUGAUUCAUAAUAGAAAAUGUUAUAUGUUUAGAUAAAUUAUGGCCUGAUACAAUAGAAUAUCAGUGAGGUUUACAAGCGAAAAUAUGAAUGAAGCUUAUAACUUGCAGAAUAUAUGUUUAAAUAACUGAUCGCAGCAUCUUAAGGGGUCAGGUCCAUUGUUCUGUACAGUACAGAAACCAACUGUAAAUUGAUUUUUUGUUUUUUUGUUUUGUUUAUGAGGCCAAUGAAAACCAAAAAAUAAGGGUGACAUAAUGGGACAUGAGUGUGAUUUUAGAAGCCAUCUGAAAAAUAUGUACAAAUAGAUUAUGUUGUUACAAUAAAAGUAUCAAUAUUAAAGUCAAUGCUAAUUUAAAACUAAUAUCCACAUUUGUUGCUCAGUUAUGCCACAUGCCUUAUGUGCCACUAUGUUUUUCCUGUCUUGUUUUUCAUAUUUGUCAUAUAAUCAACCUGGUGCUGAUCUGAACAGAGUCUGUGGUAAAGAUUUGUAUUCUUUAAAUAGGAACUGAACAAAAAGUAAAAAAUAAACAUCACGAGUUUG